GUCAAAAAAUUGAACACACCAGCAGUGUGAGGAGACCUGAAAGUGGCACAUGGCAUGGCAGAGUGUGGCGAUGGAGACAGCAGCAAUGGGAGGCCGUACAGGGACCCAUGAGAGACUCUGGACCUGGCAGCAGCAUGAGGAGGCGGUACAGGGGGCCCAUGGCAGAUUAGGGGCCUGGCAGCAGCUAUGGGAGGCCCGUAAUCUGCCAGCACCCUAUGACAAAAAAUGGAACACACCAGCAGUGUGAGGAGACCUGAAAGUGGCACAUGGCAGAGUGUGGCGAUGGAGACAGCAGCAAUGGGAGGCCGUACAGGGACCCAUGAGAGACUCUGGACCUGGCAGCAGCAUGA